UGGAAUAUAACUAUAAAAAGUAGGCAUGUCUGCCAAGACCAAUUUCACCUUAUUUUAGGGCCAUACAGAACCAUAGAAUUAGAACAUCAAAGUAUCUGAGAAUUUAUUAAUCUUUCUUUCAUGAUGUUUGGAUAUCAAGCAUUUUCUUUUAGAUUUUGUCAAAGCUGGGUUUGGAAACGGCCAGCAGUUAUGGCAUUGACUUCCAUUGCCGCCGUUGGAACAGCAAUGAAAACUCAGAAAGUACAAUGCGAAAGCUUUGUAGAGAAACUGACAAACCUUGCUGAUGAAUAUAAUUUGACAAAGGAUGACAGCCGUAAAGGCAUGUUCCUACUUGGAUCGGGACCAAGGUAUGUCUCGUUCUUGGGUAUAUAUGUAUAUGAUGUUGAGCUUUAUGUUCGGAAACAAGAUUUUCGCACCAUUCAAAAAGUUUUGAAUGAACAUGUAGACCCCAAUAUGGGAGUCGAAAUGAGUCUAAAGGAAGCUCAACUCGGAAGUCGUAUCAUUGGAGAGCUCUUGAAACAAAAAAUCCAAUAUUCGGUUAGAAUUCUACCUGCACGGAAUACCAACUUUAAGCAUUUGAAGGGUGGAUUUACAAAAGCGAUGGUAUUGCGCCAAAAUCGCGAUGAUGAACGUGAAGAACGUAUGAUUCAAAGUUUCCAAAACACAUUCCCUGGAACAGGAACUUGUCUCCGCUCUACGAAUCUAUCUAUUACCUUAACAGAUAAACAAAAAUUGCUAUUUGAACACGAAGAUCGUGAGAUUGGCAGUAUGCAGGAUGAAAAUUUGAAACUUUCAAACCUAUUUCUUCAAACAUACUUGGUUGGAAAUAAGGUGAAUAGUGAACAAGCACGUCAAUCUGUUUGUAUGAAUUUACGACGAAUAAUGGAUGGUUCUAUGAGUGUCUAAAAGGUUUCUUAUUUGAUAUGUGCCAGAUCCAAAUAUAAACAGUAUACACGAAUUACGAGUAUGAUUCUCUAAAUUUAAUCUCUUUCAUUACUUUACAAAUUAUGAAGAAAAGAAAUAUUCUUUAAAUUACGGGUAUUACAUUUAUAUUUUUCCUUUACAUAUUGCAAAAGUCGAGAUUUUUGUAAACAAUUGUCAAUUCUUGCACAUAAUGCGAAUGAAUAUUAAAAGAACCUAGGCGAAAAUAUAAACGAAGUAUUUUUUAGGUGACUUGCUAUGUGUUUAUUAAAAGCCUUUUGUAUCUUUGCAGAGAAUUUAAUGACUUAAUCCAUAAAGUAAAAGAAUUUUCAAAGUGAAAAAGGCUGCUGACUACGUGAGAAACUUCUUCGUGUACUCAUGCGUCUAUCCGGACUCCACAAGUGUUGUUUGCGUCGCCUUCAAAAAACAUAUAUGGAAAGUAUUCAACAGUCAAUAAAAAAUAAUAAUAAGAAUAAGAAUAAAUUGAAUCCAAAGGAAAAAUAACUAAUGUUUGCAAUAUGACUUUUCCGUCGUUGACAUCUGUUAAUCACAUUUUAGCGAUGAUUAAUAACUUUUCGCCUUAUACCCGAAUGUUUCCCAUACAUUGAUGAGACACUGAAGUUGUCCUUUGCACGCCACUGGAGAUAUCAGAUUUAACUUAG